AAGGAAACUACAGCGGGGGUUUCCUCUCUCUCCAUCGUUUCUAUGCCUGAGGUAUUGUUGCAUAUCGCCUCUCCGGAGCUAAACGGGACAGUGCUAUGAGGACUCUCCCCAAAAGCAAAACUUGCGAGGUGUACUGCGUCUCCGGGCAUGGACACUCAGGCUGCUCCGCUGCACAGGGAGAGGGGGAGUUGAAGGAGCCCACCCAGUCACUGAGCCCCCCCACGAAGCCUGAGGAUCAGGCGGAGAAGAAGGUGGAGGGGGGGCGAGCUGCAGUCUGUGGCUCCUGGAGGAGAUGGAUAUUAGGUCUCCUGCCUUUCUUUCCCUUUGCUACUGCCAUUGCACUGACUCUCCACUUCUUAACAUCUCCACCCUCCUCAGUGUUCUUCCUCGGUGGCAGCGUGGAGUUCUCAAACCUGAGCUUCUCCUCAGAGCUGACUAACUCCACCUCCCCUCAGUUCCGCCUGCAGGCUCAGGCUUUGAACCAUUAUUUCUCAGAACUCUACGAGUCCUCGCCAUGGAGCUCUUACUACCUGCGCUCAGGAAUUACUGCCUUCAGUGAAGGAGCAGAAGGGCUGAAUGUCUUCUACUGGAGUAAAUUCUCCGCCCCUGACGAUGUUGCAGAGGCCAUCCGGGGGUCCAGCCCAGAAAGGCUGCAGCGCAAGCUUCCUGGCAGCAACAAGGUGCUGCGGGACAGCCGCAACGAGCAGCGCUAUUACAUGGAGCAAGAUGACGACAUGCUCCACCUGCUGGGUUUGGACCCUGAUGACUUUGAAUCAGAAGAAAAAUCAGACAAAAGUAAGAAUCCGAACAGCAUCCAGAGUGGGAAGUGGCAGCUUGGAUUCCAAGCGAUGUCCUUUGACCUCUAUGCCAAAUAUGGCAGCAACCGCACCCUGAGCCUCGUGAGUCCCAAGAAACCGUACUACCAGUGGCGUCUGCGCGUGCCCUCGGGUCAUGUGGUUCGACUGGUGGUCCUCACCCUGCACGGCGCCACGCCGGGAAGCUGCACCGCCCACAAACUCUCGGCCUACGACUUCUUACUCCCAUUACAGAACAAGAUAAUCGCAAGGUGGUGUGGGCUGCCUAUUUCGGGUUCGUCCCCUGUCAUGAAGCUGACCUCCUCUGGUAAUGUGAUGUUGGUCACCUUCUCGUUCAGCAGACAGAGGGAUGGAGCAAUCUUCAAAGCUUACUUCCAAGCCAUCCCAAAAGCAGGUUGUGGAGGGUCAAUUUCCUCCUGGAACGGCUCUAUAACCUCCCCCUACUACCCCUCCUAUUACCCUCCUAACAUAGACUGCACCUGGACGCUACGGGCGCCGUUGCCGGGAUACCUGAUCUCCAUCACGAUUGUGACAAUGGACAUUCAGGAUUCGUCAUCAGACGGAUGUGAGAAAGACUGGCUGGACAUCGGAGGGGUCAAACUGUGUAAUCCUGUGUCAGACAGCAGCAAAAGGCGAGUCUACACCUUUCCUCUCUCCCUACAUUUCCAUUCGGAUGAAUCUAUCACUCACAAGGGUUUCUACUUGCUCUACCGAGCCUUCUCUCCAGAGGGCACCUGUCCUCGCCAGUUUCGCUGUGGAGAUGGACGCUGUAUCCCUCUGAGGAAGGUGUGUGAUGGCGUGAAGGACUGCUCAGAUGGACGGGACGAGGUUAAAUGCUCAUCCUGCAGGCCAGGUGAAGUGCUGUGUGGGAACGGCCAGUGUAAGCCUCAAAGCUCUCAGUGUGUGAGCCAGAGCACCUGUGCAGACAGCAGUGAGGAGGGCACCUGUGGAGGUAAAUGUCACCACGUGUGUCCCAACAAGGUCUGUUUGCCAAAGUCUUCAGUGUGUGAUGGUGUUAUUGACUGCAAAGACCGUAGCGAUGAACUCAACUGUACCAGAGCGUACCUUAAAGGCUGUUCCUCAUCCUCAUACAAAUGUGCCAAUGGAAAGUGUGUAAGUAAGGUUAACCCUGAGUGUGACGGAGUCAAAGACUGCUUUGACGGCUCUGAUGAACUGCGCUGUGGCUGUGGCACCAGGCCCAGGAAGCGUACUAAGAUAGUGGGUGGCUCUGAUGCUGGGACGGGGUCGUGGCCGUGGCAGGUCAGCCUCCAGAUGGAUCGAUACGGACAUGUCUGUGGAGCCACGCUGGUCGGCAGCCGCUGGCUCAUCUCUGCAGCUCACUGCUUCCAAGACUCAGAUGCCAUUAAAUACUCAGAUGCCCGUGCAUGGCGGGCCCACAUGGGAAUGCGUGUGAUGACAGGAAACAACGGUGCAGCUACCAGGCCGAUCCGCCGCAUCCUCCUCCACCCACAGUACGACCAGUUCACCUCCGACUACGACAUCGCCCUUCUCGAACUCAGCGCUCCUGUGUUCUUCAAUGACUUGGUGCAGCCCGUGUGCGUCCCCGCGCCCUCACACACCUUCACAACAGGGACAAACUGCUACGUCACAGGCUGGGGGGUCCUCAUGGAGGACGGUGAACUGGCCUCUCGUUUGCAAGAGGCCUCAGUGAAGAUCAUCAACAGGAACACUUGUAACAAGCUGUAUGACGAGGCGGUCACUCCCAGGAUGCUGUGUGCUGGAAACCUGCAGGGAGGGGUGGACGCCUGCCAGGGUGACUCAGGAGGUCCGUUGGUGUGUCUGGAGCGAGGCAGGCGGUGGUUCCUGGCGGGCAUCGUGAGCUGGGGUGAGGGCUGUGCAAGGCAGAACCGUCCUGGUGUCUACACGCAGGUGGUCAAGUUCACUGACUGGAUCCAUCAGCAGACUAAAGGACAGGUGUGACUGAACACCACACUGACAUUAAAAAAACAAAAAGACAGACAACACACAGGAUGAAGGUUUCAGACCUGGAGUCCAUCUUCAGACGGUUGUCAUGCUUACAUGACAACACAUUCAGUCCGGUUUUGGGAGUGUGUCCAAGGCAAGUGGCCAACAGGGGCAUCAUACAUGCUCCACAUCAACCAGCUUCCUUAUAUUGUCCAAACACUAGUGGCUAUGUUGACAUGCACAAAAAAUCUGUACUUGCUACACAUAAAUGUUAUGAUGUGUUCACACCAAAUGCAAAGCAGGUGUGAACAAUGCAUCCAUUUCUUUCUGUCUCCCACCAUGGCUGAAAUAACCACUAUUGCUGCUUUGUACCUGUUGUGGAAGUUUCAGAUAUGUUGGAUAAUCAAAAGCUGACAUGUCUGGGUUCAUAAUAUCAUCUACAAGACAAGAUUUCCACAAGACAGACAAGCAAACAACUUUUAAAAUCCUUGUUUUCUUAAUGCAGUUUGGAUAGAUCAGGGCCAUGGUAUGCAGGAGAAUCUCAGCACUGAUUGGCUUCCGUGAAACAGCGUUAUGUAACUGUCUCGUCGAGUUGAAAGAACUUAACUUACAAAAAUACACAAAUGACAUGUUGGGUCUGAACAUGCCAUGAAAAUGAGGUUGGAUUACCUUAUACAUAUUACACAAUACCCAAUUACUUUCUGUUACAGAAUCCUUGCACAUGAUAUUUUACAUAAAAACACUCUUAUUAGCUUUAAAUUUUCACUGUCUGCACAAAUUCCACCGGUGGUUCAGUAUUUACUGCUCUGCAGUUGCUCUACAAUUUUAACAGAGCAAUGCUUAAGUCUCAAUCAGAUGGAGGUCAAGCCAAAGUGCAUCAACUAACCAGGUUAUCCUGUGCAUGUAAAGGUAGCCAAUUACUUCCUGUUUUCCUCCCCUCCCUCCUCUUCCUGUCACAGCUACAUUUUUCACUACAAAGCUGGUGACCAUGUCAGGUUUUGCCAACAAAAAUCACACCAGUCCUUUUAUUGAAUGUGGAAAGAGUUCUCUCCCCACGCUCAUGUAACCAUAUAUAUUUGCCCUCAUCUACAUUUGUCCAUGUACUGUAUAUGUAUGUAUGUUUAAGAGUUGUUAUUGUACUGUAUGUGUAUGUAUGUGCAUUUGUAUAUCAUGAGUUUAUAGCGUUGUUUUCAAUAUAUUCUGUAAUAGUAGAGAAGUGAAUAAUCCCUCAAUAUGAGGUGAUAAUAUAUUUUGCAUUUCAGUUUUACUGUGAUUUAAUUUAUCUUCGUGGUGCCUCUGUUAUACCUUAUUCUCCGUCGACAGCAUGGUCACAGCUCACCUUACAACCAUGAUGCAGUUGAUGCAAGAUUGUCAGGAGUGACCCCGAUACCAAUUGUUUUACAUGCAGACACACUUGCAUGUUCCCAUAUUUCCUGCAGUCCCUUCUCAUUCAGCUGACAUCACCACCCAGUGGUAGCGUACUAUGACAGCACGCUCCUGGAUCUCAAACAUGUAAAAGCCUCCACCACCUCUUACAUAGGAGCGAAACACACAGACUUAUUGUUGUUUUCUUAUGCAUCUUUUUUGUAGUUUUUAUGUCUCAUUAUGGUUGUUUUGUUCCUUUUCCUAGUUGUUGUGAGUCAUUUUGUGUCUCUUUGCAGCUGUUUUUAUCUCUUUUGUCUCUUGUUGCUGUCUCUUUGUAGUCUUUCGUGUCUUUUUGUUGUUCUUAUGUUUUUUUAUGGUCAUUUAGUCUCUUCCUGGUUGGUACAUGUCUCUUCAAGUGACAUCUUGUAGUUGAAGCUUUGGGCCCCUGAGCCUGUUUGGGCCCCUGAGCUAGUUCUUAUACGUCUUUUUUGUAGUUGUUGUGUCUCAUUAUGGUUGUUUUGUUCCUUUUCAUAGCUGUUGUGCGUCUUUUUGUGUCUCCUUGCAGCUGCAACAUGUCCAUUUGUGUGACAUAUUGUAAGUGAAGUCCAAAGGGGACCUGAAGCUUUGUUGCCUUGUAGGUCCAUUCAGUAAUCCAUCCGUGCCAGUGGCCUGAGAGAGUGAUGAAACAAAACAUGCAGUUUGCACC